GGCGUACGUGUCGCUCUGUGAAAUUUUCACACCUAUUUACUCCAAAGAAAACUUGAAUCGUUUGAAAACUGAGGUGGUUAGAGCUGUGCUUUUUUAUGUGACUUUUUGUGAACGGCUAAACACCGGAUUUUCUUUUUAAUCUAUAAUGCAGAGCAGGAAACGACAAAAGAAAAGGCGAGCGAAGCAAAGUGCUGUGAAAUGACAUACGAAUAUGUAACUUAAAGUGUUUGUUUUAAAGUUAAAAAUGGCAUGCCCGGCAGCCAAGUUUUCCAAUAGGGAUUUGUUUGUGGUGGUUUUGUUGCUGUGCCAGACAAUAGUUUGUGACAGCCAGUGUCCAAAGUUCGCGGAGAGACCUUUGGAGACGAGAGUCCAAGAUGCUUCCAUAGUUUUUAGGGCGGUUGUUGUACAAACACAUUAUCAGAUAAGGACUCUAGAUUUGGCACUUGUAUCAAUAUACCGUGGAGGUGUGGAACUGGCUUCUGUCAGCCAGUAUUCCGGUUCACCAUACAACACAACCGACAGACAGGUGAAUCUCAAAAUCAGUCUACAGUUGCGAGGAUGCUUCAACUGGAGCAUGUACCCUCAGAGCGAGCUGGUGGUGUUCGCGAGGGUCAGUGACCCCGCUGUGGACUUAGAGACGACACCUCCAGAUGGCCCCUGGUUGGAAGCAACAGCCUCCGCAGUCCCAUGGAGUCUGGGCGUGGAUAUAGCAAUUUGGAAUGCUGUUGGUUGGGCCGGUUGGGGCGAGUGGGGGGUGUGCAGCAAAACCUGCGGGGGAGGGAAACAGACGAGGCGGAGGUACUGCUCAAGAUCCUCUUGUGAAGGAUACGGAGAACAAGGGCGGUCGUGUAACUCCUUUGACUGCGAAGGUACGAUAAAUCCCCUUGCACCUGGAGCAAGGCGGAACUUCCACCCAGCGCAAGCAAGGUGGGGUCCAGUACCAGACAGGCCGCAUGCGUUCAGUUUAAGGCCCAACUCAUACAUAUGGAUCGCGUCUUCUGAACUAUUCGCCGCUGGGAAGACUUUUCCGCGCGAAUUCACGCUUUUCAUUUCUUUAAGGCUAAGGCCAGAGAGUGGAGGGUACGGUCAAGGGACACUAUUCUCCCUUCGCUCCCGACGUCGGACGGGGUCCUUUCUGUCCCUGGAGCUUGCAGGGCGAGGGGCGGCUCGUUUGGUGCACGCGGGCGCUGGGUCCUCAAGGUCAAUCUACCUAGCUGUGCCGUUGUAUGACUUUAGGUGGCAUCACAUUGCUAUUAGUGUGCAUGACGAUAACACGGUGCGCGUGUACGUCGACUGCCGCUGGCUCCGGACGGACGUCCUUGAGAAGGACGCUUUGGACACUCCCAGGGACGCCGAUCUAAUUAUCGGCUAUCUCUUUUCAGGCGACUUAGAACAAAUGGUGCUCGUGCCGAAAGCCGGUCAGGCUCACAAGCAGUGCUCCAGUCUAGCUGUGGGUGUCACCCCCUUUGUCACACCGCGGGACACGUAAUUCAGAUACAGUUGCAGCGCUGUUUACGCACGUUGGUAAAACGCACGUUGACUCCGAACAAUUUAUUAUGAUCGUCUGCAGAGACGAAAUGAAACAUCUCGAAAAAUUAUGAUUAUGACCAACGAUCUCUGCUUUGUCUAUGAUUCAAAGUUAUAAUUCUAUUUCAAAGAACUGUCAAGACCUUUCAACUUCAUUUUUAUGAAAAAAUAAAUUGGCUAGUGUACGUUACCAUUUCUGUUUAAAUUAAUAUUAGAUGAAAUAUUUGAACUCUUUA